AUGGCUGAUUGUGUAGUCGUAGUUGUCUGCGCAGUAGCUGUGAAUGACAGCACUAAUACACCUAUGAUGCAAAGAACCAGUUUGGACCCCAUUGUGGUGCUGAAGGGAAACGCAUUCGUGUUAAUGCUUGCUAUCCAAACUUACGUGGUAUCAGGACUACAAAAUAACGAAGCCCUGAUGCGUCUUUCCCCUGCACGAUCGAUCCCUUCAGAAGAAAGUGCUGCUCAGCAAGAGAAGGUGACUGGAUCUCUGCCCCAUGUUGCAGUUCUUUCAGCUUAUAUACUGACGAUGGGGACCAAGUGUUCGCCCCGUGUAGGAAUGGCCAAAAUCAAUAUGGUUUACAGACAAGACAGAAUGCUUGUAAAUAUGGUUAAUCAAGAUUGUUCAGAAUCAUCCAGGCAGCUGGCUAAUGAAUGGGAGAAGUAUGAGGUGAGGUACCAUACAUGCAGGCCAACUAAGGUGCCAAGAUUAAUCAUGACCAUGAGGAAGGAAUGCCUGGCCAGGGCAAAAGCUCACAAGGAGAAUCGGGGAAAACAAGACCUCCUGUUGGAGAUGAAGUUCAAAAGGGUUUUAUUUGUAUGCUCUACUGUAGAAAUACUAAUUGACAAACGAAAAUUUGUUAGAAAAAGCAGCUCGAGAAAGACCACCCCGACUACAAGAGAGAUAAAUAUUCCUACCGAAACGAUGGUGUGUUCUGUAAUCUCUGCCAAGGGUACUAGAAUAUUAAAGAUUCUAGAUCAAUUUCCAUAUAAAACAGGAAGGGCAGAGACAGUGAGCAGAGACACCUUUUCACCACGGAUCAGCACGCUUUUCCUAGUCCUGAGGCGUGCUAUAAGUAUGAAGUCCAGAAUGUUCGUGUGGAUCGUAUGUGUCCUUGUGCUGCCAGCCACAACCGUUGGACAGGCAACUACUACAACUGCACCACCAGCCGCCACAACCGCUGCGCCGGCUGUUACUACAGCAGCCGCUCAGCAAACCACCGCCAGUGCAACGGACAUCUGCCUGAAUGCCACAAGUCCUGCAGCGAAUGAAGUGUGGCUGACGACAGGGAUGUUCAAACGCUUCAAUUCCGCAAACUAUCCAUCCACUUACGGAAGCGGGGACGGCCAGGAAUGGGUGUUUUGCGCCACUAAUCCAACGGACAAGGUAAUGAUCACCUGCAGCGACUUCCAGGUCGGAGGCUUCUUCUUUGAUUGCGUGGACGACUCUAUGACCAUCUCCAACACUGAUUCAUCAAAUAGCAAAUAUUGCACCACGAACGGCCCUCAGCUCGUGCAGACAACUGAACGAGGAACUAAGGUCACGUUCACAGCUUCGACAUCGAACGUUUACAAGGGCUUUACCUGCACUGCCCAGGCGGUGAGAGAAACCAUCUGUAAAAGCGCCAUCAACCGAGCAAGUUACGAGGUGUGGUUAGCAAAUGGAACCAGUGAGACCUUCACGUCCCCGAACUAUCCAUCCAAAUAUGGCAGAGGAGACAGCAAGAGAUGGGUUUUCUGUGCUAUUGACCCCGAAGACCGCAUACAGAUCUCUUGCAGCGAAUUUACGGUCGGCGGCUUCUUCUUCGAUUGCACGGACGACACCUUAACCAUUUCCAACGCCGAGUCCGACAGCAAGUUCUGCCUGAAUAGAGGGCCGUUGCUUGUGGACACUACUGAACGCGGCACCGAAGUCAAACUGUCAACCUCCUCUCCUUAUGGAUACAAUGGCUUCACAUGCACUGCAACAGCGCUGAGGACACCGUGUCGGGACCCUAACGACAGAGCAUCAAAUGAGAUAUGGUUAGAAAAUAAUCAAGUUGAACCAUUCACUUCCUCGGGUUACCCGGCAUCGAACUAUGGCAAUGACGACACCAGGGAAUGGAGGUUCUGCGCCGUCGACAGCAGUGACAAGAUAGAAGUCACCUGCAGCGCCUUUCACGUCGGAAAAGCCUUGUUCGACUGCCUGGACGACACCUUCACGAUCUCCAAUGUUGACGCCACCAGCAAAUUCUGUGGGAUCUCAGGACCGUCAUCUGUGACGACCAAUGAGAGAGGAACCAGCGUUAAGCUCCGCGUUUACACUGGGGAGUUUUACGAUGGAUUCAGUUGCUCUGCCAAGGCCAUCAGAGGCGAGAUUUGCAUGAACGCAACCAAUCCAGCGAACAAUGAAGUAUGGCUUGAUACGGGAAAGAGCGAGGCAUUCACAUCGCAGAAUUACCCUUCCAACUACGGCAGUGGCGCCAGCGAACAAUGGGUAUUCUGUGCCGUUACCGACACUGACAAGAUAUCGAUAAGCUGCAGCGAUUUUGAAGUUGGUGGCAAGUUCAUCUUUUGUCUGGAUGACUUCCUGACUAUCUCCAAUACUAAUUCCGGACAAGGUCCUUAUUGCGGGACAGACAAGCCUGAUUCCGUGGUGACAACUCAGCGAGGAACCACUGUUGAGUUGUCUGUCUCUCCCUCUGUUUACUACAAAGGAUUCAACUGCACAGCUACUGCCGUUAAUCAAUAGGAAACAAACCAGCAUCAUAUCCCCCAGGCAAGAAAAGAAAAGAAACACAAUAUUCCUCAUGGAUUAUCUAAUUUAAUCAGCACAAUCACCCUUUCGAUGUUGACUCACAUCACAUCACGAAAAGGUUACAAUUCCUUUUGAUAAUUUGUCUUACGAACAGCGCUGUGAUUGAAUUGGAGAGAUGUUUUAAUAAGCGCAUUGGUGUGUUUAUCAAAGCUUGUGGCUGAAAUGGGCAAAAAUUGUUUAGUAAUCUAUCAUUCAUUAAAGGUUUAUCAGCAUGG